UUGUACUCUAGAUAGAUAUGACUGACGAGGAUGCAUUUUUUGUUACUGAAACUGUUGAACACGAUUCAAAUGUAAAUACCAAUAGCUCAGCUGAAAGUCCGUCAAGUGAAAUUAAAAACGAGGCUGAUGAAGAAACUUCAGUCCAUAAAAGUAAAAAGAAAAAGAAGGCCAAAAAAUCUAAGAGACGGAAAAAAGUCGAGUCUUCCAGUGAUGAGUCAGAAGCUGGCGAAAACCAGGAUGCGAAAAAGCGUUGGGAAGAGCUUUACUAUGACUUCCAAAAAAUUUUCUACAAAAACAAUGGACAUUAUUACAACGAUGGGAGUACCAAAUUUAUCAAAGCGUACUAUAAAAAGUAUUGUAACACAAGUGAAACUGAAGAGAACUGCAAAGAAGACGAGGUAAUUGAUUCUCUAACUGGAACAAAGCCAGUAACAGUACCUGAUGUUACAACCAGUGUUAACGGUAAAGAUAUAGCCGAAUCAUCUCGCGAUACUGAUGAUGGCGGAUAUAAUUCUGACAAUGAUGGAGUUCCAAUUGUUUUUGAUUCUUCUGGUGACCAAGAUAUAAAUGCUCCAUCCAGUUCUUCUUUUUAUAGUUUACCAACAGUUUUUCAACAGCCCAAGAAUCAAAUCAUUAGCCCAAUACAUCAUAUUGGAGUUUCGCCAUCUCCUGAGAAAUUCCCAUUUGCGACUACCCCCAGUUUUCCAUCUAUGGUCAAUGCAACGGAGCAAGUUCGUCCGUUGCCGCAAUUUCCAAUAAAUCGACCAGCGCCAGAUUUCUCAGUUCCUAAAGCAGCAAAUAAAAGCAAAACUUCGAGACUUCUGUCAUAUGUUAAUUCUAACGAGGAUGCUUGGAUCACGCCUGCAAAUGAAAGAAAUAAAUUGCAAACAAUUCAGAUGACUAAUUUCAAGAUGUCUCCAAUGCCUGUUCAACAACAACCUCAAUUGCGCCCUUUGAAUGGAGCAGUGGGUGUCACCUCCGAACCUUUUCGACCUCCCCCAUUCCCUGUUUCUAGUAUCCGAAAUAGUAAUAUGAUUAAUGGACCUCCUAAUUUCUUCGGCUUGCCUUUUCCGCCUAACUUUUUUCCAGGUCCCCGCGGUAUCAAUGGUCAAGCUCAGUUGCCGCCACCACCAAUUCCCAUCCCAGUUUCGCAGCCUAUUUCGAGUGAAAUGAUUUUCCCACUGCCAAACUCAUCUUCAAACGCGUCCAUUGCGCUAGGCACGAUGCCUAUCCAGUCUCACCGCCCAGCUCAAAAUUCAGAUAAUCAUAGGUUCAGAACUGGACAGUGGAAAGCACUAAAUGAGUGUCAACAUACUCGCGAUGGGCCUAGACAAGAAAUCCAAGUCUCUGUUAAACCUACUAAACAAAUGAGUGUCACUGACAAUUUGUCGAUAGACGAAGCAAAGUCGAACCAGCAGAAUAUCCCAGCAGUGAUUCAGUGCAGUCCAAAACAAUUCAAUUACGAACACAUCUCAGAAAAUUGUUUCACUUUCGAACCUGAUCUAAUUGAUUGCAGUUCGUUUACAUGCGAUUGUGAAGAGAAUGACCCCAAAUCUUCCUGCAAGCCUCCGAAUUGUGUCAACCAAUCUUUGCAAAUCGAAUGCGAUUCUAACUGCUCUAUUGUGUCCCGUUGUUCUAACAAUCAAUUCAGAUCAGCUAAGUUUCCGAAAGUUGAAAUUUUCAAAACGGGUAAAACUGGGCAUGGUUUGAGGACUUGUGAAGCUGUAGUUUCGGGAACUGUGAUCAUCGAAUACGUAGGCGAAGUGAUAAAAAAGACAGAGAUACCCAACAGGAUGAAAGACUAUAAAAGGGAGGGUUUGAAGAAUUACUAUACUAUGAAGCUAUCGGACACCACUGCGAUUGACGCGACAAAGAAGGGAAAUGAGUCGAGAUUCGUGAACCACAGCUGCCAGCCGAAUUGCGAACUGCAAAAAUGGCUUGUAGGAGGCAAAUGGCGUCUGGGAGUGGUUGCCUCUCGCAGUCUGUCGCCGGGAGAGGAAGUGACAGUGGACUGCAAUGCCCAGCUGUAUUCCAGAAGAGCGAUGAGUUGCUUCUGUGAGUGCAAGACGGCCUCCAGGUGCAGAGGCAUCAUCCAGUCUGCCAGUCUGAACAGCAGGACCAAACAGGACAAUGAAAUGUACAUUCAGAACAAACUGAUGGAUUUCAUCGACCUGAACAACCCAGGAAAAGUGACAACUUCAAAGCAGCGCAAGUUGCAAAAAAUGUCCAGGCUGCUACUGCACGACGAAGCAUAUGACGUGAAGUGUCAGUUGCUGAACCUUCUCUCGUUUGAUAAACCCAUGGAAGUUUUAGCCCUGUUUGUCAAGUAUCACGGAGUGUCCAUUCUCAGCUACCUAGUAUCACACAUUUGGAAGAGCAAGCUAGUCAAAGAAGCGGUGAUUUUGGGACAAGGAGCAAAUAGACGUCUAAGAGACGACGAAAUAAAUGCACUGCAACUUUUGACGUCUUGCUUGCGACUGCUUUCAAAGCUGCCCCUUGAGUCUGAAAUAGUAACUAAGCGAAGUGGAAUUGUUUCGGUGCUUACCUCGUUGGCAGAAGAUCUGUCAUACCUGACUUACAGUCAAAUUUCGUGGAGCAAACGUGAUGAUAUGAAUCAAGUUGAUUUCAAUUCGAGGACCGCUGUGUCUGUUCUUUGUUCCAUUUUGAGUUCGACUAAAGAAUUUCUAAAUGAUUGGAAGCAUUUAAUAAGCUCCAUUAAUAAUAUGAAAAAGGUGCAAGAAAUCAAGGAAAAGCACGAGGAAAGCAAGGCAGACGGUAAUGAAAAACUUGAGGACGUUACUGGGAUCGAGUUGGGAAAACCAGAAAGAAAACGUCCAAGGUUAUUGUCGACCGAUGAACCAGUUGCAUCUGACGGCAACUUUUCUAGUAAACGCAGAAGAAUAAAGUCUUUGACAGAGACCUGCAACGAGUCAUCAGUAACAACGCCAUGUGAUUCGAAACCCGAUAGACGGAAGUCGUCCAGUGAUUUGGCAGAAUCAAAUGUGCAAUCUACUCAAAUGUUGAACGCCACUCUCAGUGUUUCUAGCCAAGGAACACCCAAUAUGGGUGAUGUUGUCAAAGAUGAUGGAGCUGUGAAUGUAUCUGCUAUACCAGAAGCUGCAUUAAAUGACUCCGUUGAAAGUGGGGAAAUAAUGUCGCCUAUUAAGACUAUGUCAUUCAGUGAACCAAAUGAAAGUAGCAAAAAUAUGUCUGUAGAAGAAGAAAACGGAAGUUCGGAAUAUCCUCGACCCAUGGAAAUUGAAAAAGAACAGACGAGGGAAGUUGAAAUGGAGUCGAAAGAACCUCUCAACGCUGUAGCAGAAAUUGAUAAAUCUGAAACUAAGUUAGAAGCUGAGAUUGAGAUAGCAGAAAAUAAUACAAGUAAUCAAUUAGACAUCAAGGAAUCCGCGACGACUGAGGCGGCGGCAGAAAUAGAAAAAACUUGCGAUCAAAUAGAAGCUUCUGUGAGCUCGUCUGCUGAAAGUUCAAGUGUAUCUAUGCUAACAGCAGCCGCUCCUACUCCAUUAGUGCUACAACCAGGUCAAGUAAUCUUCAUCCGAACAACGGAUGGCCUGGUUCCACAACAGGUUUCGAUCCCGUUUGCCGCCUUAGCGCCGGCACCUAUGCAGGGCAUGGAAACAUCUGGGACUCAAAACCCGCCGGGUGUUAAUACGGGACUGGCCGCUCAAAAUUCAGCCCCUACGAUGCUUCUUACUAGUGCUUCUGUUCCUGAUGGAAACCAAAUACUACUCAAAGCUGCUUCUCAUGAUUCAGUGAGUAGUCUGAACGUCAGUUCAUCGAGUCAGAACAUGGAUUUAGAAGGAAGUCACUGUCACAUUAUGCAGAAUGAUGGUGCUAAUAUAGCUGAUGAUGGUGCAGCAACUAUUCAGUUCCAGGAGCAACAGAGCGUCCUUGUUGCUGGAUUACCUCAACAUGUCACGCUACAUGCAGCAGGAGGUGUUAUGCAAUCUAUAGAAGCAGCGCCACUUGUCCAAAAUGAGCAGCCGAAACCACCUCAGCGACUUCCGAAGAAUUGGCGCUCGGCUAUUGAUCCUUCAAACGGUAACACGUAUUACUAUCACGUUGAGACACGACAGACACAGUGGCAUUUCCCACUGGCAUCUGGACUGGAAGAUUUCAGCAGUUCAAGUGAUGACGAGGACAGCGACGAGGAGAAUGAGCCGAGUGACAGCAAAAUGGAAACGCACAAAGACGACAGUGUCACUUUAUACGAUAUCCCAGACACUGUUUUUGACAGCAUGGAUUCAGUUGUUGCCAGUCAUUACAACAACACUAUCCAAAGCCACGAGGAUAGCUUCAAUGUAGAGUUGUUUAACUCGCAUUCGAUUCACACACCUCCAGAACCUUUCUCAAAUCCCUCUUCAUCAAGUGUUCAAGGAGGAACAUCAGUAGCUGACUCGUUGGGAGUCGCAAUGUCACAAGCAGGCGGUAGUGCCUUAAGCGCACCAAUUAACCACAGCACUCCCUCAAGAGGCGUCCUUGGACUUCCGCUACCAUUUGAGUCAGCAAACGUUCCAGCAAACCGCCAAUCAGCAUUUAACAAUAGCCAGCCUCUGCAACAUCAUCGCCCUCAAACAUCAUCACAUAUUGGACAUAAGUUGCACCAUCACCAUUCCUCUUAUUCGAGAAGCAACUUAUCGAAUGCUGGACACCGAAGUUCAACUAGUGCAAAGAGGUCCUCAGGAACUGCAGUUGUGAGUAGUGUCGCAAAGCAGGCCAAGGAAGAGUUUAUGGAAAAGGUGUCCAAGGUAGUGGUGCAGACUCUGAACUCUCAUCUUAGGAGUGACUGCAAGGUUGGCAGAAUCCGCUCAGCCGACGACUUCAAGUUCCUAGCCAGAAAGUUGGUUCAUUUCAUCGUCCAGAAGGAAAGUGGCAGAACCAAGAGACCUGAAAAGCUGAAGAUGACUACAGAAAUAGCGACCAAAACGAAAAACUACAUUAAGAGCUACAUGAAUAAUUUGGGACCCGAAUACAAAAGACAUCUGGCAAAGUCACCGAAAUGAAAUUGCAUUAUUAUAUUAACGAGAGAACUUGAAUCAGUGCCACGAGGUGAAAAAAGUGAGCAAAAAGAUAAUGACCAUGCUUUCAUCUUGAUUCAUGUUGAAACCUGACUUGAACUGAAAACUGAAAUUUAUGCGUUUAAAUAUUCCUAGUUUCUGUCGAUGUUCCUUUAGAAAAUUCAUAUUUUUCUAUA